CCUUACUGCCUGCCCCAGGAAGUAUUUUGCGCUUGCUUCUUUUUCCCCAAGCACUGUCAUUUUUGUUACGUUUUGUCAGGGACGUGGAAAUCUGCUGAAACACCCACAUUUACGGAUUCGUAACUUCACUGAGAAAGGCUGGUCCACGGCGGCUGAAAGGACGGGACGCAAGGUGCCAGUGAGAGAGAAAAAGACGCAGAAGGAGAGUAGCGCCGUAGGUUCGGAUCUGCAGCUGAAUCCAGGAAGAUGUCUGGUAAAGAUAGGAUCGAGGUCUUCCCGUCUCGAAUGGCACAGACCAUUAUGAAAGCACGGCUUAAAGGAGCUCAAACCGGCCGUAACCUUUUGAAGAAGAAAGCUGAUGCCCUUACAAUGCGGUUCAGGCAGAUUCUAAAGAAAAUUAUUGAGACAAAGACUUUGAUGGGUGAAGUAAUGAGAGAGGCUGCUUUUUCUCUGGCUGAAGCAAAGUUUGCUGCCGGAGAUUUUAGUACCACUGUGAUUCAGAAUGUAAACCGAGCACAAGUGAAAGUUAGAGCCAAGAAGGACAACGUUGCAGGUGUCACUCUUCCUGUGUUUGAACACUACCAUGAAGGCACAGACAGUUAUGAGCUGACUGGAUUGGCUCGAGGUGGAGAGCAGGUGGCCAAACUGAAACGAAACUAUGCCAAAGCUGUGGAGCUUCUAGUGGAACUGGCCUCACUGCAGACUUCCUUUGUGACUCUUGAUGAAGCAAUAAAGAUUACCAACCGACGUGUGAACGCAAUUGAGCAUGUAAUCAUCCCUCGCAUCGAGCGGACCCUGUCUUACAUAAUAACAGAACUGGAUGAACGAGAAAGAGAGGAGUUUUACAGGUUGAAAAAGAUUCAGGAGAAGAAAAAGGCGCUUAAACUUAAAAAUGAAAAGGAAAUGGAAGAACGACUGAAAAAGAUUGGUCCAACAUCAGAGCCGGCUAAUCUUUUAACUGAUGGAAAGGAUGAAGACCUUCUAUUUGAAUAACAAUGUCAACCCUCCAACCUAACACUGUGGGAAAAACAGGUCAUUUAUUGUAUAGUGAAUAUAUUUAUUGUGAGACUUAUUUUUGUCUAAUGUGGCUCACAUGGAAACAGGCAUUUUACUUUUUUUUCCUUUUCUUGGACCGUUUACCCAAGACAGAACUUGAUGUAUGCCAUUUUGACCAUCCAUUCAUGUUUCAGAGUCCUCUUCUAGUGUCCUUAAUGGUUUAAACUAAAUAGUACACUGUAGAUCUAUACAUCAAGUGAUUAAAAAGUCCUGAUCAGGGCCUCUUCCAAGCAAGUCUUGGUUGUUUUUAUCCAGUAUUGUCAUUGUUGUGUAGUGGCUUUUUUUUUUUUUUGGAGAAUAAGAUGGUUAUGUGAAUGGGUCCAAUUAACAAAGUAUUGAAGUUCUAAUUUAAACCUGGAAGUUGGUUCUUUACAAUCCAAGUUGUGCAGUAAAAUCUGUAUUACUAUUGUCAUUAAUAUACUUAAGUUAAGGAUGAUACCUAAUGGGUUGCACCAGGAAGAAAACUAUACUGUAUAAUCUAUUAAAGAAACACGUACAUUGUGUAUGGAGGAAAUAAAGCAAAAUAUCAAAAUGGC